GCAGAAAGUAGGCAAACGCGUCCCCGGGCCACGAUCAAAGCCCUGUUUAAAGGCGCUUUCUGUCUUCUACAUUCCUGUGUGAUUACAACUAGGCUUUCUAUUUCGAAGACUCCGGACUCAGAUAUCAUCUUCAAGUCUUUACAACAGCCAUGGUCGCCUCUAUGUUGGCUCCCGCGUUGCUACUUCUAGCUAGCGCUGUUGCUGGUCAAGACACCCCCAGUGUCGUCACAUCUGUCUCCAUCAGCCCAGUUCCGACGACCGAGGGACCCUUCACCAUCCAGACAUCUGUUCCUGGUACGUUGACGACUACGCCUUGCUAUGAGGUCUGCAUUAUGGAGCCAUGCCCUGUGUGCUCAACAACGUUGCCCUCGGAUAGCUUGAUGAGCAUCCCACCUGGCGAGACGCCUGAGCCAACUUCAGUCGGUCCAAUCUUGACGAACCCUCUCCGUUCUUCAGUGACAGGCAACCUCUCUACUCCUCCAGGAGUGACACCUGAACCCACUUCAAUUGCGUCCAUCAUCACGGACCCGUUGCUAUCCUCAGCGACAGGUAACCUGUCUAUUCCCGCAGGAGAGACCCCCCUCUCGACUGGCUCUCUGGACACUCCUGCCCCUUCGAGGUCAAGCCAGAGACCGAAUGCGACCAGCUCAGCACCACCCCAACAGACUACGAAUGCCGCGUCACCCGCGAUGAAUGGAGUGGGUGUGUCUUUUGUGGUUGCGUUGGCUGGGGUAGCCUUUGCGCUCCUCUAGUUCCUGGCGAUGGCACAAUCCCUUCUUGGCAUAACCAAAUCCGUGAAAUUGCUUGUAGCUGGUGGAGGGAGGAAGAGAGGAAGGGAGGUCUACUAGUGUGAUGAGUGACAUGGAAUGGACAUGUGGGCUGAUACAUUGAUACCCACGAAUUGCGAUAGCAGCAUGGAUUGGAGGCCUUGCUAGUUUGAAAGUUGGUCCUGAUUAGCUUCAAUAUAUUUUGCAACCAUCCAGUGGCAUAACAAAAGUGUGUGAAUACAUCCUCGUUACAAGAUGCGAGACUGAAUGGGGCUCUU